AUGGCGAAAGUCAUUUUCACGCCAUGGAAGGACCAGUCCCAAUUAGUUGCUGUGCGGAAUCAAUUCUAUCCUCCCCCAACAUAUGAUGGACCGGACAUGCGAUCCAAGGCCUGCGCUACGAUUGAAUGUUGGAAGUUACGCGGGAAUCUUCCUCACCCUGUCGAGGCUACAGCCUUGUUAACGGAUGCUAUUCUUCACGAUGAUUCGGUGAAAAACUCAAUAUUUUCAAUUCGAGCUACGUAUUCGGCGGCUUUUUGUCGAUUUGUCACUGGUCUCGUUGACUCUAAACUCCACGGGCAGCGAAAAACCAUGUUUCAAAGAGCCAUGGAUCUGGGACUACCGGCUUCUUUUGUAGAGCUGCGACAUGAAGCGACUCAUCGCGAACUACCGUCUCUAAUUGUAUUACGAAACGCCACACAACGGUCCCUUGAAUGGCUCUGGGAUUACUACUGGGCCAAGACCGAUGUAACUGCCAUGUUUGCCCCGGAGGUAUCAGACGCUUCAGAUGGCAUGGGCAGCGGUAACUUGGGACCGGUCCAGGCCGCAAUCAAGGCUAAUUUAGAUCAGUUACUGGGGGAAGGGGAGUCUAGUGAGCCACCGCUGAAAAAGAGGAAGGCGCAGCAGCAUCUGACGUCGGUUGCUACGCAAUUGGCGUCGAUAUGUAAGGAGUGUGAGAUGGGCGCUGGUGUACUUUCAAGAGCUCUUGUUCAUGAUUCGAUCUUGCUUUCUGAGAAGAAAACUGGGGACUCGGUAGUCGAUGCGUUCAAAAAAUGGGACCGGUUUCUCUGGACUAUCGUGGAUGAAUAUCCGGCUUUUCUGACGACGUUGACGGAGGAGAUGGUCAAUAUGCUUGCGUUUACGCAGUCAGACAAGGAGGAUGAUUGUUGCAGAGGGGUUUAUAUGUGGCUGGACCAUAUUCUAGGCUCGACGGAAUGGGAGUCGAAGAGACGGCUGCUUUGUCUUUCUUAUGUAUCGGCUGUCUGCGAGGAGAGUACUAAUUACUGGGUAGGAUUGCUAAAGGAUCGCGUUUGCAACGAGGAUAAUAUCGUAUCCUUAUCUGGUGGUGAUGUAUCUGCUGAGAUACUUUCUAGCCCAGAGACGGUGCUGAAGGAUGCUAGCAUGGCAGGAAUGACUGAUCAGAAAGAAUUGCAGAAAUACGGGUGGGAUAGGCCCGGAAAGGGCAAUAACUACGCCUACCUGGUGACUGAUGACUCCACUCGACAAUCUGUGAUUAUCGAUCCGGCUAAUCCGCCAGAGGUGGUUUUCACGGGGGAUACUUUGUUUAUUGCGGGCUGUGGACGAUUCUUCGAAGGCACAGCACCGGAAAUGCACAAGGCGCUGAAUGAGACUCUUGCGUCUUUGCCUGACGAUACUAAGGUCUACCCUGGUCAUGAAUACACCAAAAGCAAUGUCGCGUUCUGCCUCACUGUUUCGCAGUCGGAACCAAUCAAGAAGUUGCAGGCGUUUGCGGAGCAGAAUCGAGAAACGCAGGGUAAAUUUACCAUUGGGGAUGAGAAGUUACAUAACGUGUUCAUGAGAGUUAAUGACCCUGAAAUUCAAAAGAAGACCGGGAAAUCAGACCCCGUGGAGGUUAUGGCUGCGUUGAGGGCGAUGAAGAAUGCUAUGUAA